AUGACAUCUGCUUCUUCUCAACGUGGCCUAAGCAAUCUUCGCAGAACUGUAACUUGGUUAUUCAUCACAUUAUUAAUCAUCUAUCUUCUUUACUCUUUUUAUUUAAUUCUCAAUAAAGAUUCCCCUGAAUGUACCAAUUCUUUGUCUUCCUCAUCAGAAUUAUCCACAAAAGAAUCAAUUUCCACAACAUUCCCUCAAACUGAAAAUUCGACUUCCCUUUCUGUUCAAGAAAAUACAGGGGACCCUGAAACAGGGCUCAAACACAUUGUAUUUGGGAUCGCCGCGUCUACAAAUUUGUGGGAUAAAAGGAAAGAGUAUAUUAAAUUAUGGUGGAGGCCAGGGGAAAUGAGAGGUGUUGUUUGGUUAGAUAAAAAUGUUACAAUCAAGAAAAAUGAAGAUUUGCCUGAAAUUCGAAUUUCUGAGAACACAACUAAGUUCUUGUACACGAAUCGACAGGGGAACAGAUCGGCUCUGAGGAUAUCCAGGGUUGUUUCGGAGACUAUAAGGUUGGGACUUAAAAAUGUGAGAUGGUUCGUAAUGGGAGAUGAUGAUACAGUGUUUAAUGUCGAUAAUGUUGUUAGAGUUCUUUCAAAAUAUGAUCAUAAUCAGUAUUAUUACAUUGGAAGUUCUUCAGAAAGUCAUAUUCAGAAUAUUUUUUUCUCAUAUGCCAUGGCUUAUGGUGGAGGUGGAUUUGCUAUUAGUUAUCCAUUGGCAAAAGAAUUGGAGAAAAUUCAAGAUCGAUGCCUUCAACGAUAUCCUGGAUUAUACGGUAGUGAUGACAGAAUUCAAGCUUGUAUGGCUGAGCUCGGGGUCCCCCUUACAAGAGAACCUGGAUUUCAUCAGUAUGAUGUGUACGGGAAUUUGCUAGGCCUAUUGGGAGCACAUCCUGUAACACCUCUAGUAUCAAUUCACCAUCUUGAUGUUGUGGAUCCUAUAAUUCCAAGGAUGAGCAGAAUUGAUGGACUCCAACGCGUUUUUGAAUCGAUGAAAUAUGACACUGCCAGCAUAAUGCAGCAGUCAAUCUGCUACGACAAGCAGAAAUACUGGUCUAUUUCAGUGUCGUGGGGCUACGUGGUUCAGAUCACGAGGGGUAAUAUCUCUCCAAGAGAAUUAGAAAUGCCCACAAGAACAUUUCUCAACUGGUAUAAAAGAGCUGAUUACACUGCCUAUGCAUUCAACACUAGGCCCGUGACAAAGCACCCGUGCCAGAAGCCUUUCGUGUACUACAUAAGUGCAGCCAAAUAUGAUCGAAGCAAGAAUCAGAUCGUUGGGAUUUACCAUCGUCAUAGAGAGUCGUACCCUUAUUGCAGAUGGAAAAUUGAGUCACCUGAGAGUAUCAAUGCAAUUGUAGUGUUGAAAAAGCCAGAUGAUAACCGUUGGCAGAAGGCAGCAAGAAGGGAUUGUUGUAAAGUUCUACCAUCAAACAACUCCUAUUUGUACAUUUGGGUAGGCAAUUGCAGAGCAGGCGAAACGAGUGAAAUGUAGCUGU